AUGAGCUUCAAAGUGCCAGAACUGCCAGACCACAUUUCCAACAACCUCUUCUACACAUGCAUGUCAGAACGAUGUCAGCAAUUUAUAGUGGGAUCGUUGAAAACACAUUCGCUAAUCCACUACUCCCUCAUCAGCUCCACAACCAAACACCAAGCGGAGUCUAUCCACCGCAUUGCAUGCUACAUAGGCUUCCAGCUAAAUCACAGAGAAAUCACCAUCUACUCAGAUCUCCCUGAUAUGACAUGCAUGAAGUUCACAAUUCCACCGAUACCGCCGAGAUGGAAGCCAUUGAGCAAGAUACCGGCUCCAACUUCCAUCGCAACUUAUUCAUUCCGCAGAAUGACUAUCUGGACUAAGCCAGAGUAUAGCUGGACGUGCUGGAUGACUCAUCUCGCGGAUGUUUUGCACUGCAGGAAGCUCAAAUUGGUGUUUGAUGAAGGCGCUGACAAGUAUCAGGUUGAGGCAUUCAAGAAGAUUUUUGAGGAGAAAUUUGAAAUCCUGAGUGUUAGAGUGGAAAGGAAUCAGAUGGAGUUCACAGGACAGAUUUUGAAGAUGUUGCACCCGACUAGAGAGUUUUUUCUUAAUCCUAUUGACGCGGAGGCUUCGAAGUCAAAUGAUGCCAUUAUUAAUAAAAUUCCUGGAAAUCUAGAAGUUCUGGAGUUCGGCGACAAGUUUCCCCUAACUAUAUCUCAUUUGGAAAAGUUGGAUAGUCAGAAUAUCAAGAUAUGGCUAUUGAUGGUCACUGACUUCGAUCUCAAUACCUUCCUGAAGAAGUGGAUCUCCCUGAAAACCAAUCUGAACUUGAAACAACUCAUCGCAAGAUUCGGAUUGGUAUCAAUUAGUGAAGGUUACCAGCAGAGGAUACUGAAUGGGAUUCCGUAUUAUUUGCUCGAGGAAGACAAGGAGACGUUGGUGGUUGGAAAGUAUCAAAUUCAGAGGAGAGAUGGGCGGAGAGCGGUUUUAAUGUUUGAUACCACUAUUUUUCCGGUUAGGGUUAAGAUGGUUAUUGUUGAUUGA